CUCAUGACUUGUCUACGAUAACACCAUCACGCCCUCGCGGUCCUGAACGUCAAUGCUAGCGAGAGUAGGCCUCGGCCGAGUCCUCACAGCUCUCCCACCACGAUGUCACCGACCUAACGCCCUCACGACCUCUCAUCUCCUCGGGCACCAUCAUCCCAGCACCUCACUCGAGUCACUCCUCUCCACCGUCUUCACCUAUCCCGCCUCAACCUCUUCCUCCACUCGCUGGAAAUCCCGUCAAUCCUCCGAUCCUUACACCCGACAAUCCAAACUCUCCGGCCUCAAGUCCCGCGCGGCAUACAAACUCCUCGAAAUCGACGCGAAACACCACCUCUUCCGGCGCGGCGACACGGUCGUUGAUCUGGGCUUCGCACCCGGCUCGUGGUCGCAAGUCGCCGCCAACCGCACGUCACCGGGGGGAAGAGUCGUGGGGAUCGAUGUCAUACCCGCACAGCCGCCGAGGGGCGUGAAUGCGCUGCAGGGGAAUUUUCUGAGCGAGGAGAUUAGGGCGGAGGUGGGGAGGUUUGUGAGAGAGGAGGGGAGAGGGAGGGUCAGGGAUGGAGGGGUGAGGAUUGAAGAGGUUGGUGAUGCGUUGGAUGGGAUGGGAGGGGAGGUCGUGAAGGAGGAUGGGUUGACACAGAAGGAGAUGGACGUUGCGGCGGGAAGAGUAGUGGAUGUGGUGUUGAGUGAUAUGUCCGAACCCUGGCCGAUGGUCUAUUCCAAGUGGGUGCGAUCGGUUUCUAAUCCUUAUUCUAGGAUGCAGAAUACCAGUGGCAUGCCGUUUCGGGACCACGCCGGCUCUAUGGACCUCUGCAUGGCCGCCCUGACAUUCUCGUUCGACACCCUCCGCACUGGUGGCAACUUCCUUUGCAAGUUCUUCGCCGGAGCAGAAGACCACGCGCUGGAAAUGCGCCUGAAGAAACUCUUCGAUAAGGUCUACCGCAUCAAGCCGGAUUCUUCACGGAAGGAAAGCAAAGAGGCGUACUUUGUGGCGCUGAAGAGGAAGGCCGGUGUUGAGAGGGAGGACGUGCUUGGAGAGGGUUGA